UUGGGUGAUACACCAGAGUUAACGAAAUUAAUGGGCCUUAUCAGACAUAAUAGUUAUCAAGAUUGUCGUUAUUGUAAUUUAAGAGAUGUCUAUAUAAAUCAUAUCUACUAUCCUACAACUCCAUCUAAGAACUUGAAUUCUGCAAGAUAUCAAGCAUCUAAUUUACCAAAUCGAACAUAUGAAGAAUGGAGAAGGAGACUUAAAAUAAUUCAAAAGGCCAAGCUUGGAAAAGAAUGA